UUCAGCUUUUUCCAAAGCAACGCAGACAAAUGUGUUUAUGUAACUAAAAUAAACAACAACCGAAUUCUACUAGUCAUAUAUGUUGAUGAUGGACUUUUAUUUUCAAAGAGUACCAACGCUAUGCAUACCGUUUUAGAAGAAAUGAAGAAAACAUUUGAAAUGACCGUUAGUGAGGCUGGAUACUAUGUUGGAUUAAAUAUUGUUCGCAAUAAAGAUGGUAGUAUUUUCAUUCACCAAUCCAACUAUAUUAGGAAAAUAAUUAAACGAUUUAAUCUUGAAACAGCUAAUCCAGUUGCAAUACCAGCAGAUCCUAAUGCUAACCUAACUAUUUGUGAUGAUGACUCAUUUCCAUUAGAGGAAGUUCCUUAUCGGGAAGCGGUAGGCAGUUUGAUGUUUACUGCAGUCGUAAGUCGUCCUGAUAUUAUGUAUGCAGUGGGAGUUGUUAGUAGAUAUGUUACCAACUAUAGCACAAUACAUUGGAAUGCAGUAAAACGAAUUAUAAGGUAUUUGAAGUCAACAAUAUAUUAUGGUAUAAAAUACGAAUGCAACUCAAAUUUACCCAUCUUAUUUGGGUACUCUGACUCAGAUUACGCUGGUGAUGCUGAUACUAGACUUUCCACAACUGGAUAUCUCUUCAAAAUUGGGAAUGGUCCUGUGUCUUGGUGUAGUAAAAGACAACGAAGUGUCUCUUUAUCAACUACAGAAGCCGAGUAUGUUGCAGCAUCAGAAGCUACGAAAGAAGCUAUUUGGAUUCAACAGCUUCUAAACGAUAUUGGAGAAAAAGAGGUAUCAAACAUACCCAUCAAACUUUUUAUCGACAACCAAUCUGCAAUUCGUCUUAUUAGGAAUCCAGAAUUCUACAAGCGUACGAAACAUGUUGAUAUACGAUACCAUUUUAUACGCCAGAAAUAUGAAGAUGGACAGAUAAAUCCAGAUUAUGUACAUACCAAUAACCAAAUAGCAGAUAUUCUAACAAAACCCCUAGCUAAAGAAAAAUUCAGAAGAUUUCUUAUAAUGAUGAACUUGAUGAGCAUUCAAGAAACUGGCCAGAAAGAAAGAAAUUAAAAAAUUGAGAAAAUAUUCAAUCAGUGGGAGUAUUAGAAUUAUAUAUUUCAUAUUUUUAUGUAGUUAGCUGUUGUAAGUUGUCAAUAAAAAUAUAUACUUGUCACGUUUACUUCAAAAAAAA